UGCACCAUGAAUUGUGAUACCCUCCCAUCUUGGUAUCAUCUGCAAACUUUUAUGAAUGUACUUUCUAUGUCAUCAUGCAAAUAGUUUAUGAAGAUAUUGAACAGAACUGGACCCAGGACAGAUCCCUGUGGGAUCCCACUCGAUAGCCCUUUACAGUUGACUUCACAGCUUGAACCAUUGAUGAUUACUCUCUGAGUACAAUUUUCCAACCAGCUGUGCACCCACCUUAUAGUCAGGCGCAAGAUGACUGCGUGAGGAAAGUGACUCUCUCCACAAUGAGGCUUAGAGUGCUGCCUCCUGCGGUCCUGCAGGACCCCAGAGUGGAGAGCCUGAACCUGGACCGGAACAAGCUGAAACACGUCCCCGGGAUUUCAAAGCUUGGCAACUUGAGAAAGCUGAUCUUGUCCAAGAAUGAGAUCGCAGACUUCCCCGAGGAAAUCCAGAGCCUGGUCCACCUGGAAAAGUUGGAACUGAAUCAGAACCAAAUCCGGGUCAUCCCGGAGGGGAUCUUCUCCUGUCUUCCCAGGCUCAAACACUUGCGGCUGAACAACAACCGCCUCAGUGCUCUGCCCAAGGACUUGGCCACCUGCAGCAGCAGCCUCCAGUACCUCAACCUGUCCAACAACUUGUUCCGAGCUGUCCCGCAAGCUGUCCUGGACCUGGCGAGUUUACAGGAGCUCUAUGUGCAGAAUAACAUGCUGCGCCAGCUCCCCAGGGAGCUGUUCGAAGGGAGGCCGCUGAAGAUGUUCAAGGCACAUGGGAACCCACUGUGGCAGCCUCCCAACGAAGUCUGCGCUGGGGGCAUCCAGCAGAUCCUGAACUAUUUCAGCCAACUGCAGAACUGCCAAGGGGAAGAAGACAGGAGGGUGAAGACCAUGUUCCUGGGAGCCUCACUGGCAGGAAAAUCCACUAUCUGUAAGAGCCUGAAGCAGAGGCAAGUGGUUCUGGUGUCUGAGGAGGAGCGGACAGUUGGGAUUGAGAUCAGCAAAUUCCACAUCCAGGACUUCACUUUUCUCUUCUGGGACUUUGCUGGGCAGCUGGAGUACUACGUGACCCACCAUGUGUUCAUUACCCCACAGGCCCUCGUCAUCCUGGUCAUUAACUUCCAGAAGUACCAGCUCAAUAAUGACAUCUUCCAGGAGCUGGUUGGCUUCUGGAUCAAUAACCUCUUCAUGCGAGUCCCAAACUCCGUGGUCCUGCCUGUGGGAACCCACACAGACUGCUGCACUGAGGAGGAAGUGGAGGAAAAGAAGCAGGACAUCAUGAGCAAGAUCCAGGCCAUGCUGGAGGAAAGGAGGGCAAACCUCACCCACUUCAUCAACAACCUGGAAAGCAGUGAGGAGUCUGAAUUCUACGUGGACCAGUGGGACAGACUGAAGGAGAUGGAGAGCUGCACCUUGACUAUUUUAAACCUUGUUCCUGUCAAUUGCACUGAUUACUGGGAUAUUAAAAAACUUGAAACUACUAUUUUGGAGCACGUCAAGAAUGAAAAAAUAUUUCCUAAUGUUAUCCGAGUGCUGCCCCUUGUCUAUAAGGAAGUGGAAGCUGCAAUUGUAGAUAUUGUGCAGAGUGAGGAGACAGCAGAAUAUGGCAUGAUGGACCUCAACCACUUACUCUGUGAAAUCACCCGCCGAGAGCACCUGAGCCAUCUGGACACAGAGCUUUUCCAGGACAUCCUGAGAUACCUCCACCGCAUUGGGCUGAUUAUAUGGUAUGAAGAAAUCAAGCAGCUGGAAAGCACAGUCUUUCUCCAGCCCACCUUUCUGAUAACCAUGUUCAAGAUUCUUGUUAGAUAUCGCCUGGUGCAGCAGCUGGAGAGCAUCUCCGUGGACCUGCUGGUGGGAGAACACGCUACCAUCCGAGACCAGUCCAACUGGGUGUGGACGUUCAAGUCGAAGGCCAUGCUGUGCCAGCGGGCCAUGCGAGCCUUGGUCAAGCACCAGCUCUAUUCCGAAGGGAUGAGGGACAUCUUUGAGGAGAUGGUGGGGCACAAGGCCAAGAAGGGGAAGCUGUUCAGCCUUCUGGAGCACUUUGAGAUCUGCCUGGAGGUGAGGAAUGCCAAGGACCUCAACCCAGGGGCCAGGGAGUUUGUGCCAGGGAAGCUGUGGGAAACAACGCAGGACUGCAGCGAGGCAUAUUACUUGUUUCCCACGUAUCUCAACCAGAGCGAGGAGGUUUCUGAGAGGUGGGGAGGAGAUCAUCCGGAGGAUCUCCACAUCCGGGCUUACUUCUCACCUGAGAUCCCAGAGGGCUUCUUCCAAAGGCUCAUGGUGAAAGCUUGCUCCUUCUACUCGGCCCACUGGGUUGCGAAGGUCACGUGCCUGCUCAUAUGCAGCGGCAAACCCUUGCUGAUCAAAGAGAACAACCAGAAGGGCUAUAGUUACCUUGAACUCCGGAGCAGAAAGCCAGUGCAAAGGACAGAAUUCCAGUUCACAUGGGAUUUUUUCAUGGCGAUCAUCUUCAUCAUCCGGAAGCUCUCAGAGGAGUGGCCUGGUCUGCACAUGUGCAUGAAGGCGCCUUGUCGAACAGCAGGAUGUCCUGCAGAAUUUUUCUGGCCAGAUGUGGACGGCAAGAACACAGUGACGAAGGAAGAAAUUAAAACUUGUGGAACAUGUGGCCAUCGGUUUCGAACUGAGCUGCUUUUACCCAAAGUUCCAAGUGACCUGGGGGUUCCGCAGCCCCCGCCCCCUGCUCACUAUUAUGUCACUAGCUACGGGACUACAACUUUCGGCCCCAGCAGCAUCCACGUCAAUCGCCAGAGUAUCUUGGACAAAUGACUGGGCCUGCCCAAGAGAGAUCCAUUGGGAAGGACUUCCUUUUAGCCAAGACUCUUAGCAUGUUGAGCACCACGCUAAGCAAUCUCUUAAGUGCUCUGUACAGCAGGAUGCAUUUCACUGUUUGC